GGAUAAUCGAAACGAUUUCCACUUUUCUUUGCAAACGUAGCGCUUCGAAGACUAAAACAUAACCAUGACCCCACGGAACCGUUAUAUUUUGACGAUCACGAUUGCAGUAUUCUUGCUAUGUCGUGUUUCCCAAGGGGAUCCCGGUAGCAAUGGCUACGUGUACGGGAGUGGAGCGGCGUCCGGAGUGGGAAACGCGCAGGUGAACAGUCAGAGCCAGUCGACGUGGAGCAACGGCCUCCCUUCAACGUACAGCCAGUCGAUGAACAACGCCGGUGGAAGCGGCAUCUCCAUCAGUGGCCAGGCCAACAGCGCCGUCAACGUGGAUCCACAGCAGCAGGACACCAGCAGCCAGGUGGUCAGCGGCAACAGCAACGCCAACUCCAACGGCAACGCCGCCACCGGCUCACUCAACAACCUCGACCACAGCAACUCUGACAACUCCAACGGGUUGACCGUCAUCGGUAAUUCGCAGAUCACCGGCAACGGCACCGGCGUCAGCGUCAGCAACAACGUUAACUCCAACGUCAACAAAUAUCCAAUAACAACGACCACGCCGUAUAGUUGUGACGGUGUUCCUAUUGCAUGCCCGGCAUUUUGCAGUUUUUCUGGAUGUGGCUGCAUAUGCCCGAUCUACGCUGAGGGAGCUGCAGCAGCGCCCAACACUGGUUCCAAAGGGUCAUCGUUAGUCAAAGGUGAAACGCCGCUGCAGCGAAUCAGAGAACGCGGAAAUACAGUUCCGCGUUCGCGUACAAUGCAGCGAUCGCAGAGCGUUAAUCGUGCAGCUGCGUCUGGGAUUGGGAAUUUAAGAAAACGCUCAUAAAUUUUUUAGUCCUUGUCAGUCAGUGGUUCUUUGUGAUUGCCAGUGUUGCCACGCUUUCCAGUUAAAUUUUGCACUGAUU